UUGAAGCUACCCAGCGGACACAUCGUCAGGAGACCGGUUAACGCUCUCGUUCCACUAGAGUUGGAGGACACCGAGAACGAAUCUCCAUCUUCCACACCGCAGCCGGACCCCAGGAUUUCUUCUGAAGAUCGAGAACCAACAUCACGAUAUGAGCUUCGGCCACGUAGACGUGUAAACUACAGCGAGAUGACCACUGUUCACUCAUCAGCCCAUUCGAUAGUUUCAAGAAACCUUCCCGUUUCAUUCUUGCUGACUUGUGUAACAGCUUUGAUGCUGACAGCAGGAGGCGUCGCAAUCAUCGCCCACAAUGUCGAGCGCUAUGAACUUUGCGUUGAGGGGAACUGCCAAAUGAAAGAGAGCACUCAUGGCAAUGAGACGAUUCACUUCCCACCAGAAGUGCUCUUACACGAACAUCAUGGCAAAGUCUCACUGCUUCUUGAAACCUCUUGCCCCCCAGCGCCGUUUUGUGAAAACAUCCGCUGUUGGAUUUGCACCGCGAACAUUCUGAACCCGGAAUGUUCCCCCAGAGCAGCCAUCACGGCACUCGCAUUUGUCCUGUACUUGUCCAUUGCCCUCGUGUACGUGCUCUGCUACGUGCCCAUGAUAGUAGGCAAACCUUGCCGUAUCUUCGGUAACGGGAUAUGCUGCGUCAUGAAAUCCAUUGGGCGGCUAUUGUGGUUCCUCUGCUGCGAGAUACCAUUUCAACGACGGCAACGACGGAGAUAUGACGUACAGGAGUUCUUGAAGAUGCCACUCCUAGCUAUCGUUUCUGUGAUAACGCUUUCUGCCCUUACAAGGGCUUGUCAGGACAUUGACUCUGUUCCUAUACACCAACUGGAGCUAAGAGAUGUAGCUUGGAGACCACCGAAAGUUAUGAAAUUUAACAGUUACAAUCAGGAAGCGUGUCUACGACUACUCACGAAUCAAACGACGCAAAAGGAGGUAAGAAUCCAGUGGAAGGGUCUUCGACUGAAGUGUGUAAAGGAAGAAGUGGUUUUCACGCGGAACACCAUUCAGCGUGUCGUGGACUCGAAAAGAUGCGCUCAUACUGGAUCGUGUACCGGUAAUAAAUGUGCAUCGAUCAACAUGUCGUCCCUACUUCCCGAACUCACACAGGGUAACCAGUACCCCGGCAUAACGAAGUGCAUCGAAAGUUGUGGAGGGCCUGGAUGUGGAUGUUUUUACCUGAGCAGUGGCUGUCUAUACUACAGAAUCUUCCACAUGCCAAUAGACGCGAAAGUUUACGAAAUAUUUGGAUGCGCCCAAUGGAAGGAGGAAGUAGAACUAGAAGUCACGACCAUAACAAGGUCUGCAGUCCGCAAAAGAACAUUUGUUGAUACAAGCUACUGUACCUAUAAGCACGAGCAGCAUGCGGCUCACAAUCACUGCUCUCACCUUCCACCGACUACUGCACUGUCAUCUCGGUUCAUCUCGGACGAAUUACCGAACCCCCUUUGCGAGUCAUGGGAUGACGCGAAUUCACUCAUAAACUGCACAGUAGCAUCAAACUGUGACUGCGACCCAGCGGAAACCACUGGAGAUUCGAGAACUGAUUGCCUAUCCGCAACCGUGGGAUUACAAUUCACAGCAAUCAAAAAAAGAAUCCCAACUUCAGGGCAACAGCGAGAGUUGCCAUACGUAUUUGUCAGCAAGCAGAACUACUGCGGUCGCAUCAAAAGAGACAAGUUCGACGAUACGAUUACAGUGGUAACCAACCCGAUAUGCACGAUUACGAACACAGUGGCCAAGGGAUGUUACCUCUGCCCGCAGGGAGCCGAACAGCAAAGGUGA